CCGGCGGCGCGGACCUUGGGAGCGGGGGGGCCCCGCCUUGAGGCCGCUCUAGCCGCCCCUUUUCGGCUGCUCCGCCCGGGGCCGGCCGCGCCGCGGGGGUCCCUCCAAGAUGGCGGCGCAGAGGAGGAGCCUGCUACAGAGUGAGCAGCAGCCCAGCUGGACAGACGACCUCCCGCUGUGCCACCUGUCGGGGGUGGGCUCGGCGCCCAACCGGAGCUACUCGGCGGACGGCAAGGCGGUGGAGAGCCACCCGCCCGAGGACAGCUGGCUCAAGUUCAGGAGUGACAACAACUGCUUCCUGUACGGGGUCUUCAACGGCUACGAGGGCACCCGGGUCACCAACUUCGUGGCCCAGCGGCUGUCUGCGGAGCUGCUGCUGGGCCAGCUCAGCGCGGAGCGGAGCGAGGCCGACGUGCGGCGGGUGCUGCAGCAGGCCUUCGACGUGGUGGAGAGGAGCUUCCUGGAGUCCAUCGACGACGCGUUGGCCGAGAAGGCCAGUCUGCAGUCCCAGCUGCCCGAGGGGGUCCCCCAGCACCAGCUGCCGCCGCAGUACCAGAAGAUCCUGGAGCGGCUGAAGGUGCUAGAACGGGAGACGGCGGGCGGCGCCAUGGCCGUGGUGGCCGUGCUGCUCUGCAACAAGCUCUACGUGGCCAACGUGGCCGCCCCGUCCCCCUCAGGGACGAACCGCGCUCUCCUGUGCAAGUCCACGGUGGACGGGCUGCAGGUCACGCAGCUGAACGUGGACCACACCACCGAGAACGAGGACGAGCUCUUCCGCCUCUCGCAGCUGGGCCUGGACGCGGCACGGAUCAAGCAGGUGGGGGUCAUCUGCGGGCAGGAGAGCACCCGGCGCAUCGGGGACUACAGGGUCAAGUACGGCUACUCGGACAUCGAGCUCCUCAGCGCCGCGAAGUCAAAGCCCAUCAUCGCGGAGCCUGAGGUCCACGGCGCGCAGCCCCUGGACGGGGUCACGGGCUUCCUGGUGCUGAUGUCCGAGGGGCUGUACAAGGCGCUGGAGGCCGCGCACGGGCCUGGCCAGGCCAACCAGGAGAUCGCGGCCAUGAUCGACACGGAGUUCGCCAAGCAGACGUCGCUGGACGCUGUGGCCCAGGCCGUGGUGGACCGGGUGCGGCGCAUCCACGGCGACACCUUCGCCAGCGGCGGGGAACGCGCCAAGUUCUGCCCGCGGCACGAGGACAUGACCCUGCUGGUGCGGAACUUCGGGUACCCGCUGGGCGAGAUGAGCCAGCCCGCGCCCAGCCCCGCCCCAGCCGCCGGCGGGCGCGUGUACCCCGUCUCCGUGCCCUACUCCAGCGCCCAGAGCACCAGCAAGACCAGCGUGACGCUGUCCCUCGUCAUGCCCUCGCAGGGCCAGCUGGUGAACGGGACGCUCAGCGCGUCCACCCUGGACGAGGCCACGCCCACCCUCACCAACCAGAGCCCCACGCUGACGCUGCAGUCCACCAGCACGCACACGCAGAGCAGCGGCUCCAGCUCCGACGGGGGCCUCUUCCGCUCCAGGCCGGCCCACCCGCUGCCCCCCGGCGAGGGCGGCCGCGUGGACGCUUACGUGGACUUCGCGGAGUUCUACCGCCUCUGGAGCGUGGACCACGGCGAGCAGAGCGGGGUGGCCGCCCCGUAGCCUGCGGGGAGCGGCCUGGGGGGGGGGGGCCGGCCACAGCCCCCCGCAGCUCAGGGCUGCAGUGACUGACGCGCCCAGAGCCCCGCCCAGCCCCCCGCCUUGCCCAGGACAAGUCGGGCCAGAGGAUCCCGCAGCCGGGUCCAGGCCCCCGGCCCUGGGCCCCCCACACUACUGGACAGCCCCGCCCGCCCGUGUGCCUCCACACCGAGUGGUCUGCGUGGGAGGGCCGGUGUGCGGCUGCAGGGAGGGGGCUUGGGGAGGAGCUGGCCCCAGGACGCUGGGGGGUGCUCCCUUGAGUGUGCGCAGAGGGGGCGUGGCCGGAAGCCUUGCCCUUCUCGGGCCCUCCAGGAGGGGUCAGGGAACGGGGCGAGUGGAUGCUGCCCGGUGCUUCCACUCUCGUGAGACCCUAAGGUCAGCAGCGGCCACCGACAGGGACAGCGACGUGAGAGCAAGCCGAGGGCCAGGGGGCUGGUGUCCGCGUUCCAGCCCAGGGACCACCCACCCGGCCCCCUCCCGUGGGCGCUGCCUUCCCGAGGGCGGGAGGUAGGCGGCAGGGACAGAGCCCAGGAGCCUCGGGGUCUGCUGGGCCCCCCAAGCGGCCUGCCCGCUGCACCCCGAUGCCCGACUCUCGGGGCUGGUCUUUGAGCUCUGGGAGGCAAUGGCCCCCGCGCCCCGUCCAGCCUGUGCUGGUGAGCGGGUUCAGGCUGCCCAGGUGGAGGGUCUGCACCGCUGCUACCUCCUCCCUCUGACCAGCUCUUCCCCCUCCCUCUGACCAGCUCUUCCUCCUUCCUCUGACUUGCUCUUCCUCCUCCCUCUGACUCACUUUUCUUCCUCCCUCUAACCAUCUCUUCCUCCUGCCUCUGACUCACUUUUCCUCCUCCCUCUGACCACCUCUUCCUCCUCCCUCUGAUCACGUCCCAGGAGGGUCGACAGGUGGGUGGCGGGGGGCUCACCGAUAGCGGAUAAGCUGCUCCUUGCCUGGGCUUGAGGGUGGACACUCUUCUCCGACCUACGUCCACACAGCGGCAAGGGGCCACCCUGCCCUGAAGGCCCAGGGCUGCUGAAGGGCCAGUGGCGAGUCCCGUGCCCCCCACACACACCCACCUCCCGUGGGAGGGGUCCUGGCAAGGGGGCUCAGCCUGCGAGGGCAUGGGGAACAGCAGCUGGCCGGGGCCCUCCGGGUUGCCCCGUGUCUCUGGGGCCGAGCUGUCACCCUGGGGCCCCUCUGUGUGGGGCAGAGGAGGAACCUGGGGCCUCAGCUGCAGCAGCGGGCACAGACCCCCGUCCCUGUCCGCCCUCCUCACCAGCUGGGGAGCAGACGGGGGCUGUGGACCCUGCCCAGCUCCCAGCACCCAGCCUCGCACCCUCAGGGCUCUGGUGGGCGCAGCCAGGUGAGCACGGAGCCAGGCAGGCGACUGGCCUCUCCGCACGCCUGAACCUCGGCCUCGGACACCCCCAUUUCUGCCUCAGGGACCCCCAGACUGCGCGCCUGGAACUGGAGAACGGGCCUGGGCCUGGUCACCGCCGUGGGCACAGUUUGUUUUGAAAUAAACUUCUGGUUUCUUA